GUUUAGCGAACACCUCGAGCUUUGAAUACCUGAUCAGAUGUAGGAACCAUAGCAGCCGAAAGAGAUAUAGAAAGAAGAAGAAAUCAUCUAAGACCGCUCAGGGGUCAGGGUAAGAAGGCUCUCAGGAUCCGGAAUGAAUUCAUGAUAAAGAACCGAGAGGCGUUACGGAUCAAGGGCGGCAAUGCAACGGAUACAAAGAACUAUCCAUACAUGGCGGCCAUCAUCAUUAAUGGCAGACUGUGGUGUGCAGGCACUAUUGUUGAUGUUAACUGGGUAGUGACAGCUGCACAUUGUCUUAAUUAUGUCCUGCACGUGGCUCCGCUGAAGGCGCUAGGCGAGUUUGUAAAGGUGCGCGUGGGCAGCGCGAUGGCACACGAGGGUGGUGUGCUGGUCGACGUCAUAGGCGCCGUCAGACAUCCCAAGUUCGAGGAGGAACCCGUACCACACGCGGAUGUCGCACUUCUCAAAUUAUCUGAGAACCUUGAAUUCGACGAAUUCGUCAACCUGAUCAAGAUAUACGACGGCAUGCAGGAGCCAUACGCACAAAGUUUCGUCGCCGUUUCUGGAUGGGGUGCCACCAACGGUGGGGACACAGCAUUCAGGGACCAGACGCCGGACCUGCUGACUGCGAGACUCAAAGUGCGAACCAAAAACUACUGCAUCGAUGCCUAUCAGCUCGUAAACGGCUUCCAGUUCACUGCUGACUUCUUCUGUGCAUCGCUCAGGAAUGGCAGCAGGGACGCUUGUCUUUUUGACGCCGGAGCCCCCGCGGUGCAGAGAAACCAGCUGAUGGGCAUCAUGAGCUUUGGCCCCGAGAAGUGCGGACACCCGCACCAGCCUUCCGUCUUCGUCAAAGCUUUCUACUUCAAGGACUUCGUAUCAACAACAAUAGCGUCGUACAAGACAACUCACGACCUCGUGGAGGCUAUAAAAGAGAUCGAGCCUGAAAUAGCGGGGCCAAUCGCAAGACCUGUGCCCGAGCCAGAGGGAGAGACCGCCGACAGACACUACAGCGAGGAGGCCACGCCUGCUAUUUAGAAUUUCACCCCGUUUCCACUAGCGCGAAUAGCAGAACGAACGUGUAUGACUGUUUCUAUCGGCGAUAUUAUUUCCACUGGCGUAAUCAUAAUUGUUAUGAAAAAUAAUCGCAUGAUUACUUUCGCGAGUAUUUACUUAUAGGAAAAAGGUUCUA